UUUGAGCGGGAGCCGGGCGGACUCCGCGGCUGCUGCUGCUCCGCGCGCCCCGGAGGCGCGGCCCGGCCCGGCCCGGCCCCAUGGAGCCUGCAGCCCCCAAGCCGCCGCCGGCCGGCAGGAGCAGGAACCUGCCAUGGGUGGAAAAAUAUCGUCCUCAGACACUGAGUGACCUAAUUUCUCAUCAGGACAUUCUGAGCACCAUUCAGAAGUUCAUCAGCGAAGAUCGUCUGCCUCACCUUCUCCUCUAUGGACCACCUGGCACUGGCAAGACCUCCACAAUUCUGGCCUGUGCUAAACAGCUCUAUAAAGACAAGGAAUUCAAUGCCAUGGUUUUAGAGCUGAAUGCUUCGGAUGACAGAGGAAUUGAUGUUGUCAGAGGACCCAUCCUGAGCUUUGCUAGCACAAGGACAAUCUUUAAGAAAGGUUUUAAGCUUGUGAUCCUGGAUGAAGCAGAUGCAAUGACCCAGGAUGCCCAGAAUGCCCUAAGGCGAGUGAUUGAGAAAUUCACCGAGAACACCAGGUUUUGCCUGAUCUGUAACUACCUCUCCAAGAUCAUCCCUGCCUUGCAGUCCAGAUGCACAAGGUUCCGGUUUGGCCCCCUGACUCCAGAACUCAUGGUCCCCAGACUGCAGCAUGUCAUUAAGGAAGAGAUGGCUGACGUGAGUGAAGAUGGGAUGAAAGCGCUGGUGACCCUCUCCAGCGGCGACAUGCGCAGAGCUCUGAAUAUUUUGCAGAGCACUACCAUGGCCUUUGGGAAGGUGACGGAGCACACUGUGUACACAUGCACGGGGCACCCCCUGAAGUCUGACAUUGCCAACAUUCUCGACUGGAUGCUGAACCAGGACUUCACCACUGCCUAUAAAAAAAUCCUGGAGCUGAAGACACUGAAGGGUUUGGCUCUGCAUGACAUCCUGACACAGAUCCACUUGUUUGUGCACCGAGUUGACUUCCCACCUUCUGUCCGAAUCCAGCUACUGAUCAAAAUGGCAGACAUUGAGCAUAGACUGGCUGCAGGGACAAGCGAGAAGAUUCAGCUAAGCUCCCUUAUUGCUGCUUUUCAGGUUACCAGGGACUUGAUCGUAGCUGAGGCUUAGGUCCAGUGGCUUCCUGCGAACACAGUUUACACCCUCCACCCUCCCAUGAAGAAGUAAAAAAGAAGAAUGUCCUUGUCUGAA